AUGGCUCCUUGCUGUGCAGGUAUCUCCGGCAUUGUCAUUUUGAUGGUUCAUUUCAGCUGGACCUGGGUAGGACUGGUUCUCAUAGAAGACCACAAUGGGGCUGAGGUUCUAUCAGACUUGAGAGAAGAGAUGGACAGAAACAGAGUGUGUGUAGCUUUUGUAGAAAUGAUUCCAGACAACUUGGUUUACUUGGAAUAUUUUUCUAGAACUGAUCUGCAGAUCCAGAAAUCAUCUGCAAAUGUGGUUAUUAUUUAUGGUGACACUGAAUCUUUUCAUUCUAUAAUAUUAAAUAUUUCACAUACAUUAUUGAAUUGGAAAGUCUGGGUAAUGAAUUCACAAUGGGAUACAACUACUGUUUUUCAAUAUUUCAUAUUUGAUUCAUUCCAUGGGAGUCUCAUUUUUGCACAUCACCAUAAUGAGCUUUCAGAUUUUAGGAAGUUUAUCCAAUCAUACAACCCUUCCAAAUAUCCAGAAGACUUUUAUCUUGCCCUCUUGUGGAAUAGAUUCUUCAAUUGUUCUUUUUCUGGACUUGAUUUUAAAAUAUUGGGUAACUGUCUACCCAAUGUUUCCUUGGAAAUGUUGCCUGAAAAUAUUUGGGAAAUGGAUAUGACUGAAGAGAGUUACAAUGCAUAUAAUUCUAUAUAUGCUGUGGCUCACAGUUUCCAUGAGAUGGCUCUCAAACAAGUACAAAGUGACCCCCAUGGAAAUGGGGAGGUAAAUACCUACCUACCCUUGGAGCUUCACCCUUUUCUCAAGAAUAUCCAUUUCAAAAAUGGUGCUGGAAGCCUUGUGAUUUUGGAUUCACAAUGGAAAUUGAAUAUAGAAUAUGAUAUUCUCAACUUCUGGAAUUUCCCAAAUGGUCUCAGACAAAAGGUGAAAGUUGGAACAUUUUCUCCAAAGGCUCUACAAGGCCAAGAACUGUUUUUGUCUAACCACAGGAUACAAUGGCCUAUAGGAUUUACAGAGCUUCCUCACUCUGUGUGCAAUGAGAGCUGUGUUCCUGGUUUCAGAAAAUCUCCCCUCGAGGGUUCAGCUGUAUGUUGCUAUGAUUGCACUCCUUGUCCAGACAAUGAGAUUUCUAAUGAGACAGCACUGCAGGUUUGCCUUUUGACUCACAGCUGGGCAGGAAAGGAAGCUCAUCAGGCUCAGUCCUGCAAGGUGGAGCACAAACAUCUGAGAAUAAAGCACAAAAGAGACUUGAUUAAAGAAGCAGCAAUGGACUUGAUCCCAAACUUCUCCAUGGAAACUUGGAUACUCCUGGUUACCAGCCUGGUGCUCCUCUACCUGUACGGAACCUAUACACAUGGGACUUUUAAGAACUUGGGGAUUUCUGGACCCAAACCAUUGCCUUUUGUGGGAAAUGUUCUUGCAUACCGAAAUGGAUUUUGGGAGUUUGACAGACAAUGCUAUGAAAAAUAUGGGAAAAUAUGGGGGUUUUAUGAAGGCCGACAGCCUGUUUUGGCUAUCAUGGAUCCAGAAAUGAUCAAAUCAGUGCUGAUAAAGGAAUGUUAUUCUACCUUCACAAACCGCCGGGUGUUGGGUCCAGUGGGGUUUUUGAAAAAAGCAAUCACCUUAUCUGAUAAUGAAGAAUGGAAGAGAUUAAGAACAUUGCUGUCUCCGACCUUCACCAGUGGAAAGCUCAAGGAGAUGUUCCCUAUCAUUAACCAGUUUGCAGAUUUGUUGGUGAGAAACUUGAGGCAUGGAGUGGAGAAUGGGGAUCCCAUCAACAUGAAAGACAUCUUUGGGGCCUACAGCAUGGAUGUGAUCACCGGCACAUCAUUCGGAGUAAACGUUGAUUCCCUCAACAACCCACAAAAUCCCUUUGUACAAAAAGUGAAAAAGCUCUUAAAAAUUAAUUUCUUGGAUCCAUUCUUCCUCUCAGUGAUACUCUUUCCAUUCCUUAUCCCAGUAUACGAUGCACUCAAAAUGACCGUGUUUCCAAAUGAUGUCAUAAGCUUUUUUAAAACUUCUGUAGAACAAAUAAAAGAGAAUCGCAUGCGAGAUAAAGAAAAGCAAAGAUUGGAUUUUCUUCAGCUGAUGAUCAACUCCCAGAAUUCCAAAGACAAAGAGUCUCAUCAUGGUUUAUCUGAUCUGGAGAUUGUGGCCCAGUCUAUUUUCUUUAUUUUCGCUGGCUACGAGACCACUAGCAGCGCUCUUUCCUUUGCCAUGUAUUUGCUGGCCACUCACCCUGAUGUCCAGAAGAAACUGCAGGAUGAAAUCGACAUUGCUCUACCCAAUAAGGCACCUGCUACAUAUGACGCCCUGGUGCAGAUGGAGUAUCUGGACAUGGUCGUGAAUGAAACUCUCAGAUUGUAUCCAGUUGGUGGGAGACUUGAGAGGAUCUGUAAGGCAGAUGUUGAAAUCAAUGGGGUGCUCAUUCCCAAAGGGACUGUGGUGAUAGUACCAACCUUUGCUCUUCACAAAGACCCAAAGUGCUGGCCAGAGCCUGAGGAGUUCCGCCCUGAAAGGUUCAGCAAGAAGAACCAGGACAGCAUUGAUCCUUACUCAUACCAGCCCUUUGGGAGUGGACCCAGGAACUGCCUUGGCAUGAGGUUUGCUCUCAUGAGCAUAAAAGUUGCUCUUGUCAGAGUCCUGCAGAACUUCUCCUUCCAGCCUUGUAGGGAAACUCAGAUCCCUUUAAGACUAAGAAAACAAGGAUUUUUUCAGCCAGAAAAAUCCAUUAUUCUAAGGGCUGUAUCAAGAGAUGGAACCCUAAGUGGAGCUUGACAUAAAGUCCAUUAUGAGGUUGCAUCCCAUAACUCCAGAUGCCAGCUGAUUCUGUGAGGAAAAUGCAGAAAUCAAGAUGACAUUGGUUGUCUUCAUAUAUGGGGGACUAUAGGCAUUCAUCAAAUUGCUCAUCACCUCUAGCCACCAAAGUUCAAAAAUCACUCGCUUCCCCAAAAUAGAGAAAAGCAAGAACUUU